AUGUCCUCUUUGAAGGUACAAUCAGCUUCGUUGAACGAGGAUUCCGAGACAAAGCAAGAAGGCGUUGAUGUCCUAGAACCCAACGAUACAAGCGAGACAGCGCAGACAUCGAGCAGUAGUGAUGGCGUUGCAAACAAAGCACAAGACCGAUUGGAGAGGUUCAAGGCGUUGAAAGCCCGUGCAAAAAACGCCACAGACAGCAAUUUGAAGGAGACUGCGGCAGAGUCUCAACGUCUUGCCACGGACCCCGCUAUGCUUUCUACAUUGUCGCGCAAGCAUGCCUUUGCGUCCCAUAACCUUUUGAAGGCGGACACUGAAGCUGCUGGCGAGGACUUUGAACGCAAGCGCGCAUGGGAUUGGACCAUUGAAGAAUCCGAGCGAUGGGAUAAACGCAUGGAAAAGAAGCAACGACAUCGCGAUGACGUAGCAUUUCAAGACUAUCGUCAGGAUGCUCGCAAAGUAUAUAAGCGACAAAUGCGAGAAUUGCAACCAGAUUUAGACGCAUAUGAGCGAGAUAAAGUGGCGGCUGUUGAGCGCGCAGCUGCAAGUGGUGGACUGGAAAUCGUGGAAACGGAUGACGGCGAGCUUGUUGCAGUGGAUAGGAACGGCACAUUCUAUUCUACUGCGGACUCUACCGACUUCACUGAGAACAAACCGGAUCGCGCGGCAGUUGACCGAUUGGUUUCAGAUCUGAGGAAGGCAGAAGAGGUUCGACUGAAGAAGCGCCGAGAGCGCCGCGGCGAUGACGAUCCUGAUGUCACGUAUAUCAACGAAAAGAACAAACAAUUCAACCAAAAGCUUUCUCGAUUCUAUGAUAAGUACACGAAAGAGAUUAGGGACAGUUUUGAGCGUGGUACAGCUUUGUGA